AUGAAGACGUCACUUUUCUCCACCGUGGCUCUCCUGGCGGCAGCUGCUUCAGCUGUUAGACUUGGGAGACCAGUCCCGCCUGCUCUGGAAUUUUCAGCGGCGGAUGCAGCAGCGGCAACGAUCGGAAACGGCAUCUUUCAGCAGCUCCUAGACCACACCGAUCCUUCCAAAGGAACGUUCUCCCAAACUUACUGGUGGAGUUCUCAAUUCUGGAAUGGACCAGGUUCCCCCGUUGUGAUAUUUACUCCAGGUGAACUUGCUGCAGCAAAAUUUACCGGAUACUUGACAAAUCGAACCAUUGCCGGCGCUUAUGCUCAAGCUAUUGGUGGUGCAGUUGUGAUUGUAGAGCACCGAUACUGGGGCAACUCAAGCCCAUAUGCAUACUUGGAUACCGAGGCUCUGCAAUUAUUGACAUUAGAUCAAUCAAUUUCUGAUUUUAUCUACUUUUCAAAAACUAUCAACAUGCCUUUUGACACCAACCAUAGUAGUAACUCUGGAGGUUCGUACUCAGGCGCGCUCGCAGCUUGGAUCGAGUCCACUCAACCGGGGACGUUCUGGGCCUAUCAUUCCUCCAGCGCACCCGUCGAAGCUAUCGACGACUACUGGCAAUACUUCUAUCCAGUUCAGCAAGGCAUGCCUAAGAACUGCAGCGCCGAUGUUACCCUCGUCAUUGAUCACAUCGAUCAAGUGUUGACGAAAGGUACGGCCGAUGAGAUCCACGCCCUCAAGGACAUGUUCGGACUCGCAGCACUUGAGCAUAAUGAUGAUUUCGCUGCUGUUCACCCCAUUGGCCCAUAUCAAUGGCAAAACAGCGACUUCUACACAGGCUACAGCAAGUUCUUCCAGUUCUGUGACGCUGUCGAGAAUGCGGUCCCUGGAUCUGGCACUGUAACACCCGCAAGUGGCGUUGGUCUUGAGAAGGCCCUGGCUGGUUAUGCGAAUUGGAUCAAAACUAGAAUUCUCCCAGGCUACUGCACAGAAUACGGCUAUUUGGAUCCCACUGAUCUUAGCUGCCUGGACACAUACAACACCUCCAACACCCUCUACACAGACUACAGCGUCGGUAAUCCCUGGGAUAGACAGUGGAAUUGGUUCCUUUGCAACGAGCCAUUUGCUUACUGGCAAGAGUACGUCCCCUUCAUUCCAGGAUUGGUGCACCAAGAGACUCCAACCAUUGUCUCACGCCUCGUCACGCGAAACUACUGGCAACGAACCUGCGGUCUCAUGUUCCCAGAAGUAAGUGGCUAUACCUACGGUAGUGUGAAUCCAAAUAUCAACGUUCACUCCACCAAUAAACAUACGAAGGGAUGGAGACUCGAUAAUACUACACGUCUGAUCUGGACUAACGGCGAGUUUGACCCCUGGCGCACCUCCGGCAUGUCUUCACAGUUCCGACCCGGUGGACAACUGGCUUCAACUCCAGAUCACCCGCUCCAGAUCAUCCCAGGCGGCUUCCACUGUUCGGAUCUGAUUUUGAAGAAUGGGGCAUUAAAUGCGGGUGUGCAGAGUGUUAUUGAUAACGAAGUUGAGCAGAUUAAGACUUGGGUUGCAGAAUAUUACACAAAGUAA